GUGUCGACGAGGGUUGCGUACCUUAUACUCAGAAUCACCAAACGGUAUUCGCUGAAGGUCAUACAGGUUUACGCACCAACCUCGGCACACCCCGAUGAGGAGGUGGAGGAAAUGUAUGAGGAUAUCUCUAGAGCCAUGCAUUCCUCCAAAACCCAAUAUACGGUGUUAAUGGGAGACUUCAAUGCAAAACUAGGCACAAGAGAGAACGGUGAGCUGAAAGUAGGGAAAUUUGGAAUAGGGCAACGGAACCCAAGGGGCCAGCAGCUGGCCGACUUCAUGGAGAAAGAGGGACUCUUUAUGAUGAACUCUUUCUUCCAGAAGCGGCCCCACAGGAAGUGGACCUGGUCGAGCCCCGACGGUUCCACAAAAAAUGAGAUUGACUUCAUUAUGACGACCAGACGACAACUGUUCAGUGAUGUCUCCGUGAUCGCGAGGGUGAAAACUGGUAGCGAUCACCGAAUGGUUAGAGGCACACUGAACCUAAACGUUAAGUUGGAGAGGUCUCGUCUAAUGAAGUCAACGCUCCGUCCCCCUCGUGCUCUGUUCCAAAGUCCCGAAACCUUUCAGCUCGAGUUACAAAACCGUUUUCAGUGCCUGGAAGACUGCAAUGAAGUGGACGAUAUGAAUGACAAGCUCGUGGAAACUGUCCAUGCGGUUGGAGCUAAGUUCUGCAAGACCCGCCGCAGAAGAACACAAAAACUCCGAUCACACUCUUAAUCUCAUGGCUGUUAGACGGGAGAUGAAGCUACAUUCUUCAACAGACUUGACAGCAUACAGGCAUCUGAACAGACAGAUCUCCAAAUGCAUGCGGCGGGACUUACGCAACUUCAAUACAGCUCGUAUUGAAGAAGCGAUCGAGCGGAACCAAGGCUCCAAAGUCUUUGCCAGAGAUCUGUCUGCCAGAAAGAGCCAACUGUCAAAGCUGAAGACAGAAUGUGGCAGCAUCGUUUCCGGGACACCUGAGAUUUUGAGUGAGAUUGAGAGGUUCUAUGGGCAGCUGUACACAUCAUCGUUGGAGCCACACGCAAGUGUGAGUAACGAUCCAAGAUCGAGUCUCAUCCGACACUAUUCCGAAGAUAUCCCGGAUGUCAGUCUGAGCGAGAUUAGGAUGGCUCUCCAGCACCUUAAAAACGGUAAGGCCCCAGGCGAGGAUGGAAUUACAGCGGAGCUUCUGAAAGCGGGUGGAAGACCGGUACUUGAAGUCCUUCAGAAGCUCUUUAAUUCCGUCCUCCAUGGUGGCAUUACACCGGAGGCGUGGAGCAGAAGUGCGGUGGUCUUGUUCUUCAAGAAAGGUGACAACGCUCUCUUGAAGAACUACAGACCGAUUUCCCUUCUGAGCCGCGUCUACGUGCUGUUUUCGAGAGUCAUUACGAAUCGUCUCGCGCGCAGACUUGACGACUUCCAGCCUCCCGAACAAGCCGGUUUCCGAAAGGGCUUUAGCACCAUAGACCACAUACAUACCCUUCGGCAAGUUGUACAGAAGUCCGAAGAGUACAAUUUGCCACUAUGUCUGGCGUAUGUGGACUAUGAGAAAGCCUUUGAUUCCGUCGAAAUUUGGGCGGUGCUGCAGUCCCUUCAGCGGUGCCAAGUUGACUGUCGGUAUAUCGAAGUGUUGAAGUGCUUGUACAGUAGGGCUACGAUGGCUAUCCGAGUACAGAACCAGAGUACGAAACCUAUCCAAUUGCAGAGAGGUGUAAGACAGGGUGACGUCAUAUCCCCGAAACUCUUCGCCGCUGCAUUGGAAGACGUUUUCAAGCUUCUGGACUGGAAAGGAUACGGUAUCAACAUCAAUGGCGAGUACAUCACUCACCUUCGAUUUGCCGACGAUAUAGUCCUUAUGGCAGAAUCGCUGGAGGACCUAAGCACUAUGCUCAAUGACCUCGAUAGUGUUUCUCAACGGAUAGGUCUUAAGAUAAACAUGGACAAAACAAAGAUCAUGUUCAAUGUCCAUGUCACACCUAUGCCGGUAGUUGUUGGGAGCACUAAGCUCGAAGUUGUUGACGAGUAUGUUUACCUGGGACAAAUAGUCCGACUAGGUAAGUCCAACUUCGACCGAGAGGUCAAUCGACGGAUUCAACUCGGCUGGGCAGCGUUCGGGAAGCUACGACACAUCUUCUCGUCAGACAUACCUCAAAACCUUAAAACGAAAUUGUACAACCAGUGCGUGUUGCCAGUGAUGACUUACGGAACUGAGACGUGGUCCUUCACUGCUGGCCGUAUGAGGAAGCUCAAGGUCGCUCAACGAGCUAUGGAGAGGGCUAUGCUCGGAGUUUCUCUGCGUGAUAAACUUAGGAAUGAGGAUAUCCGCAGUAGAACCAGAGUGACCGACAUAGCCCAACGGAUUAGUAAGCUGAAGUGGCAGUGGGCCGGCCAUAUAGCUCGAAGAACCGACAACCGAUGGGGAAGAAAGGUUCUCGAGUGGCAGCCUCGUACCGGUAGGCGAAGUGUAGGGCGUCCCCCCACGAGAUGGAGUGACGACCUGGUAAGACAUGCAGGAAGUCGAUGGAUGCAGGUGGCUCAGGACCGUGUUUUGUGGCAUUCUUUGGGGGAGGCCUAUGUUCAGCAGUGGACUUGUGAAGGGCUGUAAUGAUGAUGAUGAUGAUGACUGAGUGUGCGUGUGCGUGUCGCAGCUGGCACGCAACAAGCGCAUCCUGUACCUGCACGCGUACCAGUCGCUGCAGUGGAACCGCUGCGUGUCGCAGCGACUGCAGCGGUUGUAAAUAUUAAAAUAAAUAUUUGUACUGAGUGUGCGUGUGCGUGUCGCAGCUGGCACGCAACAAGCGCAUCCUGUACCUGCACGCGUACCAGUCGCUGCAGUGGAACCGCUGCGUGUCGCAGCGACUGCAGCGGUUGUAAAUAUUAAAAUAAAUAUUUGUACUGAGUGUGCGUGUGCGUGUCGCAGUUGGCACGCAACAAGCGCAUCCUGUACCUGCACGCGUACCAGUCGCUGCAGUGGAACCGCUGCGUGUCGCAGCGACUGCAGCGGUUGUAAAUAUUAAAAUAAAUAUUUGUACUGAGUGUGCGUGUGCGUGUCGCAGCUGGCACGCAACAAGCGCAUCCUGUACCUGCACGCGUACCAGUCGCUGCAGUGGAACCGCUGCGUGUCGCAGCGACUGCAGCGGUUGUAAAUAUUAAAAUAAAUAUUUGUACUGAGUGUGCGUGUGCGUGUCGCAGUUGGCACGCAACAAGCGCAUCCUGUACCUGCACGCGUACCAGUCGCUGCAGUGGAACCGCUGCGUGUCGCAGCGACUGCAGCGGUUGUAAAUAUUAAAAUAAAUAUUUGUACUGAGUGUGCGUGUGCGUGUCGCAGCUGGCACGCAACAAGCGCAUCCUGUACCUGCACGCGUACCAGUCGCUGCAGUGGAACCGCUGCGUGUCGCAGCGACUGCAGCGGUUGUAAAUAUUAAAAUAAAUAUUUGUACUGAGUGUGCGUGUGCGUGUCGCAGCUGGCACGCAACAAGCGCAUCCUGUACCUGCACGCGUACCAGUCGCUGCAGUGGAACCGCUGCGUGUCGCAGCGACUGCAGCGGUUGUAAAUAUUAAAAUAAAUAUUUGUACUGAGUGUGCGUGUGCGUGUCGCAGCUGGCACGCAACAAGCGCAUCCUGUACCUGCACGCGUACCAGUCGCUGCAGUGGAACCGCUGCGUGUCGCAGCGACUGCAGCGGUUUGGACACGUGCCUGCUGUGGGCGAUCUGGUUCCCCUUACGCCGCUGGAGAUAAACAUUGAAGACGAAGACGAUGCAGAAUCAGAUGUUGAAGAAAAAGAAGACAAAACGUUAGACGAGAAUGCUGACCAGAGCGAUGAUGCAAUAAAACCAACGACAGAUGACACCGAUGAUAACAAAGAACCAGACAAAAUAUCUGAUAAAACAACAGAAAAGAAGGCUCAAAUGAAAAAUGUUCCAAAACCAAAAGUCCCAGUUAAGGUUCUGACAGAAGAAGAUGUACAAAGUGGUCGUUAUACAAUUUUCGACGUUGUAAUGCCUGUACCAGGGUACAAUAUCGAAUAUCCACCAAACAUGGUAGAAUAUUACAAGGAGUUAUUGGAGAAGGAUGACCUUAAGUUGGAUAUGAGACAUAAGAACAAGUCGUUCAGCAUGGCGGGCGCGUACCGGCACGUGGUGGUGCGGCCGCGCGACAUGAGCUGGCGCGUGGUGCGCUACGACGAGCCGUACUGCGACCUGCUGCUGUCCGACCUGCAGCAGCUGCACGGACACACCGACACCGGCGAGCGCGAAGAUGGUAAAUUCAAAGCGUUUCUGUUAACAAUGUCGUUACCAGCAAGUUCUUACGCCACGAUGGCUCUGCGCGAACUCCUCAAAGUGGAUACCUCCAAUGAUAACCAAGCUCAGCAGAAUAACUAUUUCAAGAGCAAAUCUAAAGACGCGACUGACAAAGGAAAUGAC